UGCCCGGUCCACUCCACGCAGUAGCCUACGCAGCAGCAGAGGAUAUGGAGCGGUGACGUGCCACUGCGCAGAAGAAUAACACUUGUUUUUUUAAACGGAAUAAGUUUAGGUUUAGUGGCACUUACAGGGUUCCUCUUGUACUUCAAACGCAGAUGCUAGAAUACAGGAAAUGUCAGGCGAAUUCUCAGAGUAGUUCAGUCACCCCUCGCGCCUCUAGAGAGAUCUGUCUUUAGUUGAAUAUUGCGCGUCAGACGGGAAGGGUCGAAGAAUACCGCUCCUGCCGCCCUGGAGACCGAUGAUACCAAGAUGCUAGCGCGAAUGCAGUAUAUUAAAUUAACGACAGCACUCGCGUUGCUACCGUGUGUGUUCUCCUUUAACGUGGAUGACAAGAAUGGGCUGAAUUUCCAUGGUUCGCUGGAGGACAUGUUUGGAUACUCAGUCCAGCAGUUUGAGAACAGUGAAGGGAAAUGGGUACUUAUCGGUUCUCCCUUGGCCGGCCAGCCAGCCAAACGGACUGGAGAUGUCUACAAAUGCCCUGUGGAUCGAGGACCAAACCCUAAAUGUAUCAAACUGGAGCUGCCUGAAAACACAACCAUUCCUAACUUACACGAAGUCAAGGAUAACAUGACCAUGGGAACGACGCUGGUUACCAACCCUCAAGGAGGCUUUCUGGCUUGUGGUCCCCAGUACGGCUACAUGUGUGGUCAGCAGACGUACAUCUCUGGGGUAUGUACCAACGUCAGCUCAACCUUCCAGGUACUCAACUCCAUCGCCCCGGCCGUGCAAGAGUGUGCCAAGGAGCUUGACAUUGUCAUGGUGCUUGACGGCUCCAAUAGUAUAUGGCCAUGGAACAGCAUCAUUGAGUUCCUGGUCAAGUUUCUGAAAAAUAUCGAAAUUGGACCGAAACUGUCCCAGGUGGGCAUUGUGUCAUAUGGAGAGCAAGUCAUUCACAAUGUGAACCUCAGCCAGUUUAAUAACACUCUAUCCCUGCUGGGAAAAGUGAUGAAUCUUGAACAGCAACAGGGUGUCAGGACCAUGACCUUCCUGGGUAUCGACACGGCAAGGAAAGAGGCCUUCACCGUGGAGCGAGGGGCGCGGCCCGGGGUCAAGAAGGUCAUGAUAAUCGUGACGGACGGAGAGUCACAUGACUCUCAUAACCUCAAAAAUGUCACCGCAGAAUGCGAGAAAGACGACAUUGAGAGGUUCGGUAUUGCAGUGCUUGGUGAUUACAACAGGAACAACAGAAGCAUCACUGAAGUGAAAAAGUUCAUUGAGGAGAUCAAGAACAUCUCCAGCGAUCCUGUGGGAGAUCACUUCUUCAAUGUGUCCGACGAGUUUGCCUUGCUCACCAUCGUAGACGCUCUGGGAAGCAGGAUCUUUGCCUUGGAAGCAACGUCAGGUAACUACACCUCAUCGUUUGAGAUGGAGAUGUCCCAGGCAGGAUUUAGUGCCCACACCUCUAAGGAGGGUGUGAUGCUGGGAGCAGUGGGAGCGUAUGAGUGGAACGGGACAGUAGUGAUGCACACAGACCAGGGUACCAUGGUUCCUCUAAACGCAGACUUCCAUGACCCCCUGGACGAGAGGAAGGAGAGCCUGGCGGGAUAUGUGGGUUAUGAUGUGCAGUCGGCAUCAACCCCUAAUGGUGUAUUAUAUAUCACGGGGGCACCGCGGCACAACCACACAGGCAGAGUCAUCGUGUACAAACUGGAUGGGCAACACAUCACAGUCACACAAGUGCUGAAAGGAGAGCAGAUUGGCUCCUACUUUGGCAGCGUUCUCCAGACGGUGGAUGUUGACCAGGACUCGUACACAGACAUCCUGCUGGUGGGAGCUCCUAUGUACAUGGGCCCAGAGAGGGAGGAACAGGGACAGGUGUACGUCUUCAAACUCAAUGAGAAGGGCAUGUUUGAGCACCAGGCCACGCUGAAGCCGGACAACCAGACGUGUUGUACCUCGGCCCACUCCCAUGGCUGCACCAACGUUCGCAAGAAUGACCCGUGUGGCGCCCGUUUCGGCACCGCCAUCGCCGAGGUCAGCGACCUGGACCUGGACGGGAACCGGGACGUGGCCAUCGGGGCACCGUUCGAGAAUGACCACAGAGGAGCCGUCUACAUCUACCACGGAGCCAAGAAGACGAUCAAGGAGAAAUACGUCCAGCGUAUCCCAGGUCCUGGAGACGGGGUGAAGACCAAGUUCUUUGGCCAGUCAAUCCAUGGAGUCAUGGACCUGAACGGAGAUGGAAUCAUAGACGUUACCAUCGGAGGUCUGGGAGGCGCUUCUCUGUUCUGGUCCAAGGAUGUUGCUGAGCUUUAUGCCAACAUGACCUUUGACCCGAGCAAGAUCAACCUACAGCAGCCCUCUAAAGGCUGCAUGUUGGGCGGGAGGGAAACUGCGUGUGUGAAGACCAGGGUCUGCUUUAGCUACAGCGUCAAGUCUGAGAAGGACGACACUAACUCGGGCACAGCCAUUAAGUACAGCCUGACGCUGGACUCUCUGAGGGCGAAGUCGAGGGCUGCGUUUGUCAACAUAGACGAGAAAAGUGAGAGGAAGGCCCAGGCCACCGCCAAGAUCAUAGACAAUCUGUGUGUGGAGCAUUUAUUUGCCAUGAAGGCUAAAUUGGACUUCAGAGACCCAAUCAUGGUCUCCUUAGAGUUUGGCCUGGCUGAGGACACGGGUCCUGUCCUGGAUGGAGAUCUACCAACGUCACUUAACAAAACGAUUCCUUUGGUGGACUGUGGGACCGAUGACAAGUGCAUAGCUGACCUAUCGCUGAAGGCUGUGCCAAGUAUACAAAGUCUUGUGAUCAAAGCGAACAAGGAGAAGUUCCACGUUCUGAUCACCACUAGAAACAGCAAAGACAAUGCGUACAACACCAAAGUUAUGCUGAGCUUUACUGAAAACAUAAACUACGUCAAGGUCGAGCCCAAAGAAAAAGACUGUAGUCUAAAUAAUACCAAAGUUGAGUGUGCUGUGGGAUAUCCAUUCCUCAAAAGCAAUGUAGAGGAGGUCUUUAAGAUCCUGUUUGAAGUCAACCCUGCACAUAUCUGGAAGGAAAUUCAGAUCAACGUAACUGCGACCAGUGACAGCGACGAAGUGAACAGCACCCUUUUUGAUAACUCUGUGAAAAUCUCCAUCCCUGUGAAGUACGAGGCCGGACUUAGAUUCACAGCUGAGAGGCACAUGAAGGAGGACCACAUCAUAGUGAAAGAGGGAGAGCAGCACCCCAGGGUCUUCAACGGCACCAGUGUGAUAGGAGAAGAGGUCAAGAUCAGCUACACGAUUAAUAGGGAUGUGGAUAUGGCGACUCCUCCUCUGAAGCUAAGGGUGAAGUACCCGUACCUCUCACCCAGAGAGAACAUCCUGCUUUACCUGACUCACGUCACCUCCUCACAGGAUGUGAGAUGCCAUGCCGGCCAUCUGAUUAACCCUUUAAAGAUCAACCACAACAAUGUCCACACUCUCAACCUUAAAAAAGAGACCCUCAGUGACUUCCUGGUGGGCUGUAAGGACCACCCAUGUGAGUCAUUUGACUGCUCCAUCCCUCACGUCAACAACAGCCAGGUCAAUGUUACCUUCAGGGUGUGGAAGCCCACCUUUAUCAAAGCAGAGUUCACCAGCCUUCAUAUGAUAGUUCAUGCCACCCUGGAGAACCAGAACACGGAUCUCUUCAUGUUGAGCACCGCGAAUAACGCCAGAGAUGUGAAGAUCCAGGUGUCUAAAGAGGCUUUGGGAGGUAUACCGCUGUGGAUCAUUAUAGUCAGUAUCCUAAUAGGACUUCUCAUUCUGGCACUGGUCAUAUUCGCCCUAUGGAAGGCUGGAUUUUUCAAAAGAAAAUCCAUGGAGGACAUGGAGAAGGAGGACAUGAAGAAUUAACCCUUCCCACCACCCUGUAGGUCUGUCUGUGCCCCACUGUCUUUAGGUCUGUUAUCAGGUCAGUGAGAGGAGAUACCGUAGGAAAUACCACAACAACCCAUUCACCUGAAUGCCAUCAGGUCAGAGGAAAAGCCAGAGUUUAUCUAUGGUUCUGCACCAACCUAUUCACCUGAAAGUGAUGUGGCCCAUCUAUAUGAACAACAUGGUCUACCAGACGUAAUAACAACUUGGUCCGGGUUCAGUGGAAAGAGAAGCCUUGGGAAACAUUGAACUUGUACACUGUGGUCUUCCGUCUAUCCAACUUGGGUACCAAGACCUGGACCUUAAGGACCUAAGCUAGAAGAGACAUCAGAAGACCUAGAUGUAUGGCAUCCUGACUCAGAACUGAUCAUAUGAUGCCACAACCUUAUCAGCUUUUAUACAACAGAACAAAACAUUCUCAGGUUUACUUAGAACAUCCCAAUGCCACUAAAAAAAAAACAGACUAUGGCAUUAAACCAAAGUUGCCCAAGUCCACGUGAACUCUGGUGGGUUUGCACAGACAAUCUGCGAUGGGUUCGAAUCCUGUGUCCUAGUUGUUUGAUACUUUUUAAUGAAACACUGUCAACCUAUGGUAUAUCUUAAAACGUGUUAUUAAUUCUGUUUUGGCACAUUCCUCAUCUUCUAAGCAGAAUGUUUGCUUUUGACACACUGACAUUUGCAACAUGUUCUAGUCUUACAAGCUCAGUCUUUAAGUUUGAUUUUUUUGUUGUUGUAUGUUUUAACAAAAAUGUUCCUCCGAGUAGUAAAGAGCUGUAUGCGAGUGUACCCACCAAAAGAAUAUAUUCUGUAUAAAAGAAGAGGAGGAAUAGAUGCUAUUGACAUAAAUACUUUUAUUCAUCUUGUCACGACAUGGGGGUAGAGAAUUUACCGAUUGCACCUUUACAGUAUUAGGAAAACCUUUGAUUGUGCUGUUAAUGUAAGUGAAUGUAAAGCUUGUACAUAAAGUUGUUUGCAACAAUUCCUAGAAUCUAAGCUAAAACGGACAUAAACCCAGCAUGUAUCAAGAAGGCCCUACACUCUUAGAAAAAAAGGGUUCCAAAAGAGUUCUUUGCAGAGAGAGAGUUUUUUUUUACCAAGAACCAUUUUUGAUCAGAAGAACCCUUUUCGGAAGACAAGGGUUAUUUGUAAGGCAAAGGGUUCUACCUAAAAAACUUUAACAUGCUAAGAACCAUUUUUGGAAGAAAGGCAAGAAGGAUUGUACAUAGAGCCAUAUAUAGUAUUUCCCAGCAUGCAGGGAUAUUUUUUGACUGUAAUAUCUCUGUUUUUGCAUGUACAUUGAUUGGCUAAUACAUUUUAUGCUACACAAAGAUAAAGAACAUACUGUUUUCUAAACUGA